AUGGACUCUAUGCUUAUUGUGGCUUCUUAUGUACUGAUCCUCCAUGCUGACCUCACAAUUGCUUCCCAAGCAGAGAGGCUUAAGGUCCUUAAUACAUGUGUCUCACUCAUCUGUGCUGUACUGAUCUUCUAUACACCCAUGAAUGACCUGAUCAUAAUCCACCAUUUGGGGAAGCAGUUUUGCCCUAUAUUCAGGUAUUUUCUUAUGCCACUUAUGUUCAGUCCCAAUGUCUAUACUAUCAAAACCAAGCAGAUACAUCAGAAGACCUUCCACUUCUUCCAGCCUAAUGGGGCAAGAAUGAAGGGGAACAGUUUGAUUUUGGUGGUAAUCUGGCAAGAACAGUCACUCCAUGAGCCCAUGUACUUUUUCCUUUCCAUGUUAGCUGCCAGUGAUCUAGGCCUCUGUGCCACCACUAUCCCCACCCUGCUCAAGCUUUUCUGGCUUAAUGCUCGACAGAUUCCUUUUGAUUCCUGCCUGAUUCAGAUGUUUUUCAUCUAUUUCUUCUCCUUCAUGGAGUCAGGCAUCCUGUUGACUAUGGCUUUUGAUCGAUAUAUAGCGAUCUUCAAUCCUCUCCAUUAUACAACUAUCUUGACCAAUGCUACCAUUGUCAAGAUUGGCUUUGGCCUAAUGCUUCGUGCAACUACAAUCAUCCUGCCAGCACUAUACCUCAUCAAACGACUAAAGUUCUGUAAGGCAAAUGUCCCUCACUCCUACUGCCUUCAUCCAGAUAUUAUCAAGCUCUCCUGCUCUGACCACCGUAUCAAUAGCAUCUAUGGCCUUACUAUCAUCCUCAUUACUUUUGGUCUAGAUUCUGUGCUCAUUCUUCUCUCCUACUUGAGAAUUCUGAUCACAGUGUUGGGCAUUGCCUCCCAUAAAGAGCAGCUCAAGGCCUUCAACACCUGUAUCUCUCACAUCUGUGCUGUCUUAUUGGUUUAUAUCCUGCUAGGUGUCUCUAUCAUCCACCGCUUUGGGAAACAUGUCUCACCUGUGGUUCACAUCAUCAUGGGCUAUGUUUAUUUGCUGGUCCCCCCUGUGCUCAUCCCCAUUGUAUAUUGUAUUAAGACUCGUGAGAUUCGUACUCGCAUCUUUAGACUCUAUCAGAAAAAAUAA